CACGUGGGCAUCUCUUUUAGCGCAAGCUGGAAUCGAUAAGGAUUGUAGCGUACUCAUACAAACACCGAGUCUUGUUUUGGUAGAUAGCUACUGGAUUUAUUAACAAAGUGGAGAAGGAAGAAAAAACUUUGCACCCACUUCACAUUCAGCAGCUACGUAUCACAUUGGACCCUAACAUAUUUUCAAAGGAUAAUCGAAUGCAUUGAUACAUUUUUUAUUUUUGUGGGUUGCACUUUUGCAAGCAGGACUAUCGACUGGACAAGCCUGCCUUGGUGGUUACCGAGCAUGUGAAAUGGGGUCAAAUGCUGACGGUGCUUGUUUUGAACUCAGCAUUUGGAUCUCCGGACUGAAGUGAGUUUUCCCUUAUUUUGGUAGGCAAUGUUUUGUCAUCAUAAUGAAUGAACAAAUUAAAGAGUAUGUUAUUUUAUUUUCUUAGGGAGAAAAUGUAGCAUGCUGCUUAGAAAUUCCACAGCAGCACCAACGGUUUGACAACCCAGUUAUUGGUUUAGCGCUGUUAGUUGAGCAAAUUCAGAGUUAAAAGCAACAUUAACUCACUUGUUUUCAAUGGCUAUAUUUGGAUCGAAAUUCACUAAUUCUAUUUUUUGCUUUUUUAUUUAUUUAUGUAAGAAUAGUUGUAUUUUUAAAUACAAGUAGUAUUUAAAAUUCCAAAAUGGCUAGCCCAACUACAGAGCAGCAGGGUUGUUUUUCGGAUGUAAGAAAGGUGGGUUAUUUAAGGAAACCCAAAAGUAUGCACAAGAGGUUUUUUGUCCUGCGGGCUGCUAGUGCUGCAGGACCCUCCCGGUUGGAGUACUACGAAAACGAGAAAAAAUGGAGACACAAGUCUGGGGUGCCUAAAAGGUCAAUCCCGCUGGAGAGCUGCUUCAACAUAAAUAAAAGAGCAGAUUCCAAAAACAAAUACCUGGUGGCUCUUUACACCAAGGACGAGUAUUUCUCUAUUGCAGCGGACAGCGAGCAGGAACAAGACAGGUGGCACCAAGCACUAGUGGACCUACACAACAAAGGUAAAGUUCACAAUGCUGCUGUUGGUGGCAGUGGGAUGGCAGAGGAGAAUUAUGGCGAAACCAUGCCAGGACCUGCCUUUAAAGAAGUCUGGCAAGUUAUUUUGAAACCAAAGGGCCUGGGACACACCAAAAACUUAAUUGGGAUUUACAGAUUGUGCCUAACAAAUAAAACCAUCAGCUUCGUAAAAUUGAACUCUGACGCAGCGGCGGUCGUGCUGCAAUUAAUGAAUAUAAGGAGAUGCGGUCAUUCAGAGAAUUUCUUUUUCAUUGAAGUGGGAAGAUCCGCAGUCACAGGACCGGGGGAAUUUUGGAUGCAAGUGGACGACUCUGUCGUGGCUCAAAAUAUGCAUGAAACCAUCCUGGAGGCGAUGAAAGCGAUGAGCGAGGAAUUUCGUCCCAGGAGCAAAAGCCAUUCCUCGUCAAACUGCUCCAACCCAAUCUCUGUGCCUUUGAGAAGGCAUCACCACAACAACCUGCCCCCUAGCCAAGUGGGACUGGGAAGGAGGUCCCGGGCUGAGAGUGUGACGGCCACAUCGCCUGCUGGCCCGGGAAAGCACAGUCAUUCAUUCAGAGUGAGAGCCUCUAGUGAUGGGGAGGGAACCAUGUCCAGACCAGCCUCAGUGGAUGGUAGCCCCUGUGUUGCCAGGACACAGUCUCACAGACACAGAGGCGCCUCCCGCCUCCACCCUCCCCUCAACCACAGCAGGUCUAUCCCCAUGCCCUCCUCGCGCUGCUCCCCCUCAGCAAUCAGCCCAGUUAGCCUGUCCUCCAGCAGCACGAGCGGGCACGGCUCCACUUCAGACUGUCUCUACCCCCGCCGCUCCAGUGCCUCCAUAUCUGGCUCUCCUAUUGAUGGGGGAUUCAUUUCCUCUGAUGAGUAUGGAUCCAGCCCCUGUGACUUCAGGAGCUCCUUCCGCAGUGUCACCCCUGAAUCCUUGGGUCACACACCCCCCGCCAGGGAGGAAGAACUCAAUAACUACAUCUGCAUGGCCAAGCCUGCAACUCUUCCUGGGGGCCACUGUGGCUGCAGCCCCCACCCCCACCGUACGCCAUCCCACCUGGACGAGCUUGAGCUGGAGAAGUGCUUCAGGAAACGGACACACUCCUUGAGCACGUCUCCCCCGACAGUGUGCCACCAGAAGACCCCCUCUCAGUCCUCCACAGUAUCGCUGGAGGAGUACACAGUGAUGCAGCCUGCAUACUCGUCAUGCAGCCGAGCAUCCAGCUACAGGCACUCUGCCUUCAUGCCCACACACUCAUACCCAGAGGAGGGCAUAGACAUCCCCUUAGAGGACAACAGGGUGAGCCAAAAAGAUGAUGGCUACAUGCCCAUGACCCCAGGUGUGGCACCUGCCACAGGUAAGAGUGCCGACUACAUGCCCAUGAGCCCCAAAAGUGUGUCGGCCCCACAGCAGAUCAACUCCCGCCAGCACCCCAGAAUGGACUCCAAUGGGUACAUGAUGAUGUCACCCAGCGGGAGCUGCUCACCAGACACCACAAACUAUGGUCAAAUCUGGUCCAAUGGGGUCAACCCUAAGCUGUCUGUCGAGAGCACGGAGGAGAAGUUGUCGUCGUGCGGGGAUUACAUGAACAUGUCGCCGGCCAGCUGCUCCAUGAUCAGCACGCCGCCAGACUGCUACUUCAACCUGGUGGAGGAGCCGCACAAGUCCAUGUAUGCCUACUUUUCCUUGCCUCGCUCCUUCAAACACAGCCACAGGAAGCUGGACCAGAACCCCCUGCGCCUCUCGCUCAGCUCUGGACGCCUGGCCUUCGGGGACUCCUCUUCCUCCUCCACGAGCAGCGACAGUCUGGGGGGACAGGGCCACAGUGGUCAGCCUGUGGUCAAGCCCAAAAGAGCUGAUGUGGACAGCAGGCUGGCCAGGCCCACGAGCCUCUCUCUGGAGGGCAACAAAGCCAGCACCCUGCCUCGCGCCCGUGAGUGCCCCUUCCCCGCAGAGCCCAAGAGCCCCGGGGAGUAUGUCAACAUAGUGUUCAACGACAAGGCCUUCUCAGCUAGUUUGGCCACUCUCUUCUCCCCCGUGUUCCCAGGGAGUGGCCCAGAGAGGCCAGCAGAGAUUUCCUCUGACUACAUGAACAUGCACCUGGGUGCUCAGGGCAGGGGCAUUCCCUGCUGGGCAGCCAAACCCCCAGCCUCCUGCACAGAUGGCUAUGCUAUAGUGGCCCCUGCGGCUCCCUCCUCUGUGAUCCACUGUGAGAACCUCUGUAGACGGGACUACAGCAGCACACAGACUGACUACUCCAACACAGAGAUGAUUCUGAAUGCUCCGGUGUCAGCCAUUGAUGUCACCCCCUUCUCCGUGUCCCCUCCCAGCCAGGACCUGUCUGUGCUGGGCGCAGGUCCCAGUGCCGUGCAUUUGGGACUAAUGGGCCCUCUCUCUGGGCUGAGUGCUUUCACUAGGGUUAACUCCAGCUCCAUCUGGAACCAGGGAGCUAAAGUGAUCCGCGCCGACCAGCAGGGUCGGCGCCGGCACAGCUCCGAGACCUUCUCCUCCACGGGAGCCCCGGUCAGCGCCGCCUCAUCCUCCGUUGGGGAAGUGAAACGUCACAGCUCCGCCUCUUUCGAGAAUGUGUGGCUGAAACCGGGAGAAUCCCCAUUAUCUGCCAACGGGAGGAGAGAGAGCCCGCCAGGGCCCAGCUCUAACGGUCAAAACCAGAACAGGCUGAACUACAUCGACCUGGACCUGGCUCGGGACCAGAACCUCCCAGAGUGGAGUUCCCUCCAGGCCAGAGCCAGGGACAUGCAAGGUGGCAGUGCCCCAGAGGACCUGCGCGCCUAUGCCAGCAUUCGUUUUCAGAAAGCAGACGAGUCAAGGAUGAACCCCGCUCACAGAGAAGAAUGAAGAUGGGGGUGCUCUCCAGUGAAUUUAGACUUCCUUGCCAUAGAACAGACCUCAUAGAAUGGACCUCACAGAUUCACAACCAGACCUCACCAGCCAAACCAGACUGGACAAAACUAUUACUGGACAUUACAAUCCAGACCUUAUAAUCUGGAUUUCACAAUCUGUGCUUCAUAACCCGGAUUUUGCAAUCCAGACUUCACAGCUUGCACAUUACAAACCAGACCUCACAAUCCAUAACCUGGACCUCACAACCCGGACCUGCAGUGUUGAUUCUGUAACCCAGCUUCUCCUCUUAGCACCGGUACGGUACUACUCAACGGUACUCUGCCUCGCCGCACCAUUUCCUCAGGCAACAAAGUGGCAAACCUGCCCAGUCUCACCUGAGGACCAUGUGGACACAACUGCCACCCCCCCUCCCCCCCACACACACGCUGCCAAAAAGACUGCACUGUGAACCCUCUCAAUAUAUGCCAGCCUCCAAGUUCUGACCACUCAUUUCAGUUUCAUAACCCACAUCAUAUUUCAAAUGUUUUCACUUAUUGGCUUUUUGUGGCUUUUGUUUCUUGUUACUGUCAUUUACAUUUUGCCCAGUUGGCUUCCAGGCCAGUGUCCCCACCACACAACUCUGAUGCUUCCACAGCAUCAUACCAAGCCUCCAAAUGGAUACAGUAGUCACUAGUGUUCCUUGCACUUGAACUGUAUCUUCUGUUAGAUGCUACUAGAGCCUUCCAUAUCCCUGUCAGCAACAAACUGUGCUUUAUUCUAGUAGAUUGUAAAUGGGUUCUCCAGAGGAUCCCAUUAAAUAAUGUGGUAGAUGAUAUAUAGACACAAAAUGCCAAUAGUGUUGUGUCAACUAAACACCCAGUCAGGCAGGAAUAGUCCCAUAUCUGAGCUGUUGGUACUAAUAAUGACACGGUAUAACUGUCUAGCUGAAACCCGUAAUGGCCUUCACAGAUCUAAUGGGCAGAGAAACUCUAUGUUGCUCUGAGUUUCUAACAUUUCUAUUUUGUGUCUGACCGCUCUUUGUGACAACAGAAAGUUGUCACUGGUACAGCAUUGUUACCAAAUAUAUGUGGAUGGAGCAUAUCAUAUCAACUCUUAAGGCUACAUUGUAACAGUCUCUUCUGUAGAGGCACUGCUGUAAAGGCUUGGAAGCCAGUAAAGUUGCUUGCGACUCAAUUUUUAUUUUAUUUUUCAUUUUAUUUUUGCAGAAAAACAUGGACUGUAACAGGUUCACACAAAAAAAAUGGCAAAUUUUCUGUCAUACUUGCUGCUGACGACUUUGACAAACAAUAUGUGUAAAUUAUUGAAUAUAUAAUGUCAAUUGUUUGUUUUAAAAGUCAAGAUUAUUUAACAUGGUUUAUAUGGGUGCUUUUUUUUUGCUUUUUGAACUGAAAACAUGUCCAAUAUUUUGUUAUUCCUUAUUAAUGGGAAAUCUGCUUCUUACAUAUAAUCGUAUAUAAUCCUGUCCACCUCAAAUGGGUUGUUGCUCUUUUGUCCAUGUGGUUAACAAAAUUAAUGAGUGAACGUUAUCAUAGAAUAACUAUCAACUGAACAAUUGAAGAAUGAAUGAAUAAACUAAUGAAUGAAUGUAUAAAUUAGCGGAUGAGUGAAAAAAUGCAUUAAAGAAUGACAGGGAUAUAGCAAGAGCACCAAUAUACUGUAGCAUGGGGCUUUGCAGUCUCAUUUACCCCCUGCCCUUUGUUAGGUUCUGACAAACAGAGUGAAAAACUAACGACAACUAGUCAAAGCUCAAACCAAGUUUAUUCACCCACUGGGUCAAACAGCUGAAAAGACAAAAACAUGUUUCCACCAGCACAUGUAUUUAUACCCUCCUAUUAGGCGGAGUCUCCUCCUUGCACAUCUAGACAGCCAAUACAUCUAUGUUGCUUGGCAGGAACUUAGGUGGUGUGUGUGUAAUAGAACUGUUCGUUGUCACUUCAUCUGACCUGACCUCAGCCCACAUUCCUCACUCCUCCCUAAUCCAUGGUUAUCCAACCUUAUCAGUGACUGAAACCACUGUUACCCUUUGGCCCUCUCCAUAGAAUCCAUGAGAUUUAACAAUAACAUUAUACAUGUAAAUUAGUUAUAAUAUAGUAACAUGAAUAAGUAUAUAUUUCAAGCUAGAAUCCAACACCUUUUAGGGUAAGAAACUUUCUGGAACCUAUUCCGUAAUAAAGUAGAAAUGUUAAUA